UUCUUUUCUUUUCUUUUCUUUCUCCUUUCCGUUUUCUCUCUCUUUUCACUACAUUCCAUUUUCGAUCCCUUGUCUAGUUUUCGUUUUCAUCUUCAUGCAUCCAUAAACUCCGUGUUUAAUUCGUUGCAUGUUACAUUCAUUAUCCCUUCGAAACACUCUGACUCCAUUUCGUCAUUUAUUAUAUUUCUUCGUUCGUAUCGCGUUUUUCUCCCCUCUAAACAACAACAACAACAAAGUAGAAAAUAUAUAUACUUUUGCUGCAUUCUUUGACCGUAACGGCUUCUUGAAUUCCCUCGUUCUCAUUCUCAUUCGAAUGAUUCAAUUGAACUCACUCAACCCUAUUAGUGCCGCUAUCUGACUAUAUAUAUACAUUCACGGCAACAGUGCUUAGUAUCUAGUAGAACUUACUAACAAUAGCAAAAUAUGGCCCCCGCAGCAGCUUCAGCAAGUAACUGGCUCUCAUUUUCUCUCUCUCCUAUGGAAAUGUUGGCUUCUUCCCAUCAUCACCAAACUCCCCAGAUUCUCCCUUCUUCCAUUUCCAACUCUUCUCCUAGUCAUAAUUACUAUCUUGACCCUUUCUACACCACCGAUUGGGGGAAUCAGAAGCCGGGAAUGGGGAUGUACACCGACUAUGUGCUGGACCAGCAGAUAGAGGAUAACAACAACCAACAACACCACCACCAUUCAACUUCAUCAACGGUGCCGAAACUCGAGGAUUUCUUUGGCGGUGAUCAUCAUCACAAUAACAACAACAACAACAACAACAAUACGGCGUCGUAUAACAGUCAUAACGAGACAACAACUCAGGACUCAUCUUCUCAGUUGACUCAUUUCUACGACCCACAACACCAAAGCUCGACCCCGGACUACUUCACAAACAACCACCACCACCACCACCAGCAACAUCAACAGCAAGAUCUGAAAACGAUGACAUCUUCAGCCGGAUUUCAAGCCGCGUUCUCUGCGAACUCCGGCUCUGAGGUGGAUGACUCGACGGCGACUCAUCUUGGGUGCGGUGGAAGUGGGGCUGAGUUUUUGGGGCAUUCUGUUGAGUCGACUCAGACCGAGUUGGUCCCGAGUUACACCGCUAACAACAACAACAGCAACAAUGGCGGGAGUUUGUCGCUUUCUGUAGUUCCACAAACUGCAGAAAAAUCAAUAGUUGCUGUAGAUACUGAUAAUAAUAGUAUUAAGAAGAUUUCUGAUACUUUUGGUCAGAGGACCUCCAUUUACAGAGGUGUUACGAGGCAUAGAUGGACGGGACGGUAUGAAGCACCUCUGUGGGAUAACAGCUGUAGAAGAGAAGGGCAAGCCAGAAAAGGGCGUCAAGUCAUCCGUCAGAAUUCAGAAAUGUGCCGCCAUUUUGCUACACUCUCUUUCCUCUCUGCUUUAAUCUGGGUUUUUAGCUUUCUUUCAUUUCUGUCUUCUCUAUCUCUUUUUUUUGUUUUUGUUUUUACUUUGGGGGUGUGGUUUGUUUUGGUCAGCCCGAAAGUUAAAGUUGUAAACGUGCCACUGCCAGCUG